AUGAUUUCAGUGUUAUUUUACGCAGUAUCUUGUAUUUUUGUAAAAAUUGAAGCUGCAAAAAUUCUUGAAAAGUCAAUUGAAAAAGUUCAUCUCCCAAAAGCACAAUGUCAAUUUUCGGUGCAUAACGAAGGGCCAAAUGGUGAAGUCAUUUCGGGUACAAAUUUGCACUCAAAACUGUACUACAAAAUAAAAUGUAAUGUACAAAAAGGUUACUGUUUGCAUGUUGCAAAUUGCACUGUAAAUAGCGAUGAAAAAGAUGCGCAAGCUUAUAGAAUUAUUGAUGAAAAUGGUUGUACUACCGAGCCAAGCUUGUUCGAGCAUUACGAAGAUGAUUUUACAGCGGGAAUUUAUAAUCCACUCCCGAUUAGAUUUCGUAGUUCCAGUUCAACUGUACAAUUCUUCUGUACUACAACUUUGGUUCCAACAAUUGGUCGUAAAUGUUCUCGUAAAAUUUGUACAUGGAAUGAAUACAGUAGUAAUCAAAAUUAA